AUGGAGGAGUCGCAGAACGCGGAGGAAGACUUGCUUGCCUUUCUCCAGCCGCUGACGAUGCUGGAUGAGUUCACAUUCGAGGCGCGAACCCGUCACUUCGAAGAUUCAUCCGACGAUGUCGAUCAGGAGCCAAUCCCUGGCCCAGCGCCGCCCGUUCCCAUGGCUCCCAUGGCUCCCACGGCCCCUGUGGCCCCUAUGGCACCCAUGAAUCCGAUAGACCCAAUAGACCCGGCGGCGCCUGUGGCCCCUGAGCCACCGAUGGUAGAACCCAACGGGGCUGCGAGCUUACCACCGCCCGAGACAAAUGGGCACGAGGAGGACAAGACCGCAAUCGAGCAGGACGAUGAUGCGAUAGAAUACGAGACACCGAAAGUCACCCGCAAGAGCCCGGCGAAACGUUCAAUCAGGAGCCGCGCAACGCCCAAGGCAAGAGAAGGCGGGGACGAGUCGUCACACGACAGUGCCGCAGAACUUCUGAAGAGGUUCGGCACUUCCUCGGCCAAGAAGCGAGUCGAGGCCAAGCCAGACCCCGAGAGUGGUCCCGAAGCCAAUGGUGGAAGCCCAGUGAAAACCGGGAAGAGGAAGACGAGGACGGCCACCGUGGAGUCUGCGGUCUUUGAGGCAGAAUCGUCACCUGACCCUUGGAAGUUCGAGGUGGUCAUCAAGCCUUUGCGGCCUGCAGAAGCUCAGGAGUACACCAAAGUGCCACCGGGUGACGAGAUUUACCGCGUGUUGGAGGUUAUCAAGACGGAUGUUCCUGGCGAAGCGUGGCUUUCAGUGGAAUUUGAGGACGGCCGUGUAGAUCAGGUGGCUUUAGACCAGCUUUCGAGCUAUCCGAACGGGCGUCAGGCUCUCGCAUACUUCAGAAAGCCACAAACCAUGGAUUCGGAUCCGGACGAUUACCAGAACAUUGGCUACACACGUCCUUCAAAGAAGCGCAAAGCUAUUACCCAGGACCCUGACUACGAGGGCAACAUGGAUGUUGAUGAGGAUGACGCCAUGAUGGAUGACUUGGACGACAUUGACGAGGACGAUGAUUACCCAGUUCAUCCCGGCCACCACCGCAUGAAGCAGAAGAUGCGGAACUUAGGUCCCUCUUCUCGGACACGCGGCAGUGACCGAAACCGGCAGUUGCAGCCUCCGCCCGACUACGCUGUAGACGACUACCAGUCUGAAGAUCAAUCAGACCGAAAGCGCAGGAGCAAACGAAGCUUGCGAAAGAAUGCUGGGGCUUUUCGAUCCAAGACAUUGUCUUCGCAGUUUGAGGACGACAUUGACGAGCUCCAGAACGAGGACGAGUUCAUAGUCAAGUCAGACCUCGUGCCUGAGAGAAAGUCUCGAAGACGUGGUGGUAAUGCUCGCCUCCGUCGUGGCAGAGCCUCUAUCUUUGCCAACCGAUGA